CAAAUUGUUUUUCUGACCAACUCAUAUCUUAGCUAUCUGUCGGUUAUUACAUAGAUCGUGAUUAAAGCAUACCGAAUAGCGUAGUAAUUCGUAUUCUAUUUUGACUUUUACAAUUUAAUAACGAGAAUAACCAGAAUAGGGUUAUUUGCUUCAACUGCGCAAAAAUCGAAAAACUUGCACCUUGCUGUCUAAGGGAGUUGUUUGUUUUGAUUUUACAAUAUUAAGUAUACGUAGAAGCUUCACCAUCAAUUAAACUAAUCACCCUCGCCUGUGGCCAAACUGCACCUUUCUAGGACUCCCAGCAAUGGGAAACAAACUUCCGGCCAACUAAAACUGAGGUCCCAACUUGGGGGAUGACCAAGCCCAUAAUAUGAGCACAUCUCGUCACAGUAACACUUCAACAACAGAUACAAAUAUGUAAAUUACAACAACUUAGAAGGGGAGACUUAACCACAAACAUUAAAACAAAUAAAAAAUACUCAAACUACAUGAAAUUACAGCAAAUUAAUACGUUUGCACUAAUUCUAAACUGCAGCAGGUACACAAAAGUACACGAAUUGACUUGUAAAAUUGAGGAAUCGUAGACAACAAAUCAAUAUAUUAUACUUCGUUCGAAACAAUCAAAAUUAAUAAAAAAUGGCAACUAGCAGCAGACCACCAUCGCUGCGCCUGGGGCAGCAAGAUCUAAAGUGCCGGUUGGGUUGUGGCUUCUAUGGGACUCCCCAGUGUGAGAUGCUCUGUUCGAAAUGUUUUCGCGAGCGUAAUGAUAAGCAACGCAAGAAGCAGAAGGCUGGCGAAAGCCAUGCAGCGACCGGCAGUGGCAGCAGCAACAACAUUGAGCGCAGGUCGCCUCAGCAACAACAACAGUUGAUGCAGCAGCAUCAUCAUCAUCAUCAGACGUUGCCCAAGCCAAAGCCAUUGGAGAAGGAAAAAGAGUCCGAUCAAACAUCAUCGACCCUCCCGCUGCAGAAGAAGAAGUUCAAUGUGCCAUCUGUUUUACAGAAAACUCUCCAGGCUGGCCAGAAGAUUGCCCAACAGCGUGGCUAUGUUCCCGAUCCAACCGAAAGUCAAUUCAUAUUGCAAUUUCGACAGCUUCGCAUUCCCGACGAUGGCAAAAGGAAGCUCAAAAGCGAUAUACAGCGACUAGAUAGCGAAAUACGAAAAUACAUGAACAACUAUAGCAGCAAGAAUGUUGAUGAGUUGUCCGAUCUUGUGCAGAAUACGUACACAAAAGUGGCAGAUAUUGUGCACAACGAUCCUCGCUUCGAGAUAGCUACUAAUGAGGAUCGAGAUAGUGCCAUAGACUUCUUCGAGAAAGUGGUCAUGACUCAGAACCACAAAUACCUCUUCAGUCCAUAUUUUACAACGGAUGAGGAAAACGAUGUAAAGGUCCAGAAGCGAAUACGUCAAUUGAGUUGGAUUACGGCAAAGCAUUUGGAAUGCAACAUCGAUGAGGUGAAUGCCGAGGCAAGGGAUUUGGUAUACAAUGCCAUUUCGGAAUUAGUCGGCAUCGAUUCCUUCUAUUCACCUCAGGAGAAACUUCAGUGCACUGUUCGUUGUUGUCGUCACAUUUUCGAGCUACUAAAACGAGCCACCGGUGGGCCAGCCAGUGCAGAUGAUUUUCUACCCGCCCUAAUCUUUGUGGUGCUCAAGGCAAAUCCUGUGCGCUUGCAUAGUAAUAUUAAUUUUGUCACCCGCUUUACGAAUGCAUCGCGCGUAAUGAGCGGAGAAGGUGGCUAUUAUUUCACCAAUCUUUGCUCGGCCAUUGCCUUUAUAGAAAAUUUAAACGGCGAAAGUUUGGGCAUUACCAAUGAAGAGUUUGAUGCCUUCAUGUCGGGACAACAGCCGUAUAGUACUCCUUGGGAGAGCGCGCUGUUGGCCUGCGAGAGUCUUCAUUUGAUCUCGGAGAACAUGAAACGCAUGGAGGUGUUGCAAAAAAGGAAUACAGUGAUCAGUACGGGCAUUACGCAAUUUGAAAAGGAAUUGAUCGAAUUUCAAAACGAAGUAACCGAAAAAGUUGACACAGUAAUGGCUAAGGCUCCGUUGAAUUUGCUUCCCAUUAAAACGCCAUCUUAUUUGAUAAGCCAGGCGCGUUCGCAUCUAAAUCCAGAAAACGCUGUAGCAGCCGUUGGCGGGCACUAUCAGGCCAAUCUUUUAUCCAACUCCAUUCAAUCACCUCCAACGAUUACAAAUCACACGGACUCAUCGGGUUUGGCCUUGAAGGACACCAGCAUUGGCAGGCUAUCGCCUCUGCCCCAACAUCAGCUGCACCAGCCGGCAGAUCAGCUCUUUGCCUCACCCAUAUUCAAUUAUACACCAUUUGAUGCUGUGUCCUUGCUGGAGGAAUCCUCUUCUGAGCCCGCCGAUGUCCUAUUGCUGGGAUCCGAAUUUCAUGGUGGCCUUACAAAUAUCAACUAUGAUUUUGAUCUAUCCGAUCAGAGUGGUGAAAAUAGUACAGCAGAUGAAUCCAAAUUAAAUCUAGAUGAGUUUGAUCCCCUUCGGACAGCGCCGGCUGCGACUCCUGCUCCUGUUAUUGCUCCACAUACAGAUACUGUUGCUGUUGCUUCUGCAGCAACUGCGUCUGAGAACAGUUUACUAGAUACCACAACAGAUAGUUUGAUCGACAGCGAUUUGCCAGUUACAAACAAUGUCCUUUUGCCUUCCCCACUAAAACCGGAGGUAAACUACCGUGGUUUCUCAAAUUUUGAUAUUCCCAGCAUAUCCUGCAACACGGGCGAGUUUAGUUCCCUGGAACCGACCAGCCAGCCGCUUCCAGGCAGUGACCAAUGAGUGACAAAAAUGAAUUUUUCCCUAUCAUCCCUUAUGUGAACUAGGAUUUUGUAAAUACAAUUAAUUUUUAUAAAAUAGUUUGCACAUAUAACAUAUAUAUUUAUUUGUACAAUACCAAAUUAGUUUUGUAAGAGUGGAUGCUUUAUAAAAUACAUACAUAAAAUAGCAA